GCGGGGGCCCGGCCACUCGGAGCAGCUCCGCCGCGGGGACUGCACCGCCCGCCCUGCCGGACCCGCCCCGACCGGGGCUCGCCGCCUGCAGCAGCCGCAGCACCGCGACCUGGGGCCCCGCGCGGGCUAUGGCUGUGCCCUGGGGCUGAGCGCGCAGGCCCUGUGACCGAGAUUCCCGACGACGAGAGACUGAGAAGACAGGAAGGAGGGGCGGGCUCCUGGCAAGGCAUCCGCUCCUGAACUGAGUCCUGCAAAAGAUGGAGAAGGAGGAGGAGACGACCCGGGAGCUGUUGCUGCCCAACUGGCAGGGCAGCGGCUCCCAUGGGCUGACCAUUGCCCAGAGGGACGACGGCGUCUUUGUGCAGGAGGUGAUGCAGAACUCCCCUGCGGCCCGCACUGGGGUGGUCAAGGAGGGGGACCAGAUUGUGGGUGCCACCAUCUACUUUGACAACCUGCAGUCAGGCGAGGUGACCCAGCUGCUGAACACCAUGGGGCACCACACCGUGGGCCUGAAGCUUCACCGCAAGGGCGACCGCUCCCCUGAGCCUGGCCAGACCUGGACCCACGAAGUCUUCAGCUCCCGAAGCUCCGAGGUGGUUCUGAGCGGGGAUGAUGAGGAGUACCAGCGCAUCUACACCACGAAGAUCAAGCCUCGGCUGAAGUCGGAGGAUGGCGUAGAAGGGGAUCCUGGGGAGACCCAGAGCCGCACCAUCACAGUGACUAGAAGGGUCACGGCCUACACUGUUGAUGUGACAGGCCGUGAAGGUGCCAAGGACAUCGACAUCAGCAGCCCUGAGUUCAAGAUCAAGAUUCCACGGCAUGAACUGACUGAAAUCUCCACUGUGGAUGUGGACACCCACCCUGGCAAGACAGUGAUCAGACUGCCCUCGGGCUCGGGGGCAGUGUCUCCGACCACAGGCUCUGUCGUGGACAUCCGAGCGGGGUCCGUUUCCGCGUCGGUACCAGAGCUCCAAGGUGCUGGCCACUCGAAGCUCCAGGUCACCAUGCCUGGGAUAAAGGUGGGAAGCCCAGGCGUCAGCGUCAGUGCGAAGGGCUUGGACUUGGGUGGCAAAGGAGGGGCCCAAGUUCCAGGAGUGGACAUUUCGUCUUCUCUUGGGGGUGGGGCAGUAGAGGUGCAGGACCCAUCUCUUGAGAGUGGCAGUAAUGGGAAAAUUAAAAUUCCCACUAUGAAAGUGCCAAAAUUUGGUGUCCCAACGGGGCCGGAGGGCCAGGUGCCAGUGGCAGGGUUGAGUGUUUCUGCACCUGAAUUCUCUGUGGGGCACAAGGGAGGCAAGCCAGGCCUGACCAUUGGUGGGAACAUCCAGACCCCUCAGCUAGAAGUCAGUGCUCCUUCUGCCAGUAUUGAGGGGCUUGAGGGGAAGCUGAAAGGCCCCCAAAUCACUGGGCCAUCACUUGAGACUGGUCUAGGCCUGAAAGGUGCCAAGUCACAGGGGAGCAUCGGGGUGGAUGUCUCUGUGCCCAAGAUUGAGGGCACCAUCACUGGCUCCAAUGUGGAAGUUCAAGCCCCUGACGUUGAUAUUCACGGGCCUGGGGGCAAACUGAAUAUGCCCAAGAUGAAAGUUCCCAAAUUCUCUGUAUUAGGUUCUAAGGGAGAGGGAGCUGGCAUUGAUGUGACAGGUGCAGUGACUCUUCCUGGGGUCUCUGGGAACAUCAGUCUGCCUGAAGUUGCUGCCGGGGGGCUGGAAGGGAAGGUGAAGGGUACGAAAGCCAAGACGCCUGAAAUGAUUAUUCAAAAACCUAAAAUCUCCAUGCAGGAUGUGGAUCUGAGCCUUGGGUCUCCUAAACUGAAAGGAGAUAUUAAGGUUUCUGCGCCUGGGUUGCACGGUGAUGUUAAAGGCCCUCAAGUGGCAGUGAAAGGCGCCAAAAUGGACAUAGAGACACCUAGCCUUGAGGGGACUUUGACAGGACCCAAGCUUAGUAGUCCUUCUGGGAAAACAGGCACCUAUGGGAUCUCUAUGGCAGAUGUAGACUUAAAUGUGACUGCCCCUAAAGUGAAAGGGGGUGUGGAUGUUGUACUCCCAAAAGUAGAAGGGAAAGUCAAAGUCCCUCAAGUUGACAUCAAAGGACCCAAAGUGGACGUCAGGGCCCCAGAUGUGGAAGUGCAUGGCCCAGAAUGGAACCUGAAAGUGCCCAAGUUCAAUGCUCCAGGAGUUGGAGGGGAAGGCCCAGAUGUAGAUGUGAAACUACCCAAAGGAGAUGUCAGUAUUUCAGGGCCCAAGGUCAACGUGGAGGCCCCAAAUGUCAACGUAGGGGGCCUGGGAGGCAAACUGAAAGGCCCUGAUAUUAAGCUGCCUGAAGUCAGUGUCAAGACACCAAAGAUCUCCAUGCCUGAUGUAGACUUACAUGUUAAAGGCCCAAAGGUAAAAGGAGAAUAUGAUGUAACAUCCCCAAAACUUGAAGGAGAACUGAAAGGCCCCAAAAUGGACAUUGAUGCCCCGGAUGUGGAUGUUCAUGGCCCAGACUGGCAUCUGAAGAUGCCCAAGAUGAAAAUGCCCAAAUUCAGUGUUCCAGGGCUCAAAGCGGAGGGCCCAGAAGUGGAUGUGAAUCUUCCCAAGGCUGAUGUGGACAUUUCUGGGCACAAGGUAGAUGUUAGUGGUCCAGAUGUGAGCAUUGAGGGACUAGACGGGAAAUUGAAGGGACCUAAGUUUAAGAUGCCUGAGAUGAAUAUCAAAGCCCCGAAGAUCUCCAUGCCAGAUGUGGACUUACAUCUGAAAGGCCCUAAGGUAAAAGGAGAAUACGAUGUCACAGUGCCAAAAGUUGAAGGUGAGAUUAAAGUUCCUGAUGUUGAACUUAAAAGUGCCAAAGUGGAUAUUGAUGCUCCAGAUGUUGAUGCUCACGGCCCAGAUUGGCACCUGAAGAUGCCCAAAAUGAAAAUGCCCAAGUUCAGCAUGCCUGGCUUCAAAGCAGAGGGCCCAGAAGUGGAUGUGAACCUGCCCAAGACAGACGUUGACAUCUCAGGACCCACAGCGGACAUUGAAGUUCCAGAUGUGAAUAUUGAAGGACCCGAAGGAAAGCUGAAGGGUCCCAAGUUUAAGAUGCCUGAAAUGAAUAUUAAGGCCCCAAAGAUCUCUAUGCCUGAUGUAGAUUUGCAUAUGAAAGGUCCCAGGGUAAAAGGAGAAUAUGAUGUUACAGUGCCAAAGCUGGAAGGGGAACUCAAAGGGCCAAAAGUAGACGUCAGUGCCCCCGAUGUUGACGUUCAUAGUCCUGAAUGGAACCUAAAGAUGCCCAAGAUGAAAAUGCCCAAAUUUACCAUGCCCAGCCUCAAAGGGGAGGGCCCAGAAGUGGAUGUGAACCUGCCAAAGGCUGAUGUGGACAUUUCGGCACCCAAGAUAGAUGUUAGUGCUCCAGACUUGAGCCUUGAAGGACCAGAAGGAAAGUUGAAAGGUCCAAAGUUUAAGAUGCCUGAGAUGCACUUCAAAGCCCCUAAGAUGACUCUGCCAGAUGUUGACUUGGAUCUUAAAGGACCCCAAAUGAAAGGAAAUCUAGAUAUGUCUGCACCAAAAAUAGAGGGUGAAAUGAAAGUUCCAGAUGUGGACAUCAAAGGACCUAAGGUAGACAUUAAAGCACCAGAUGUGGAAGUCCAAGGUGCAGACUGGAGCCUGAAAAUGCCCAAGAUGAAAAUGCCCAAGUUCAGCAUGCCCAGCCUCAAAGGGGAGGGCCCAGAAGUGGAUGUGAACCUGCCCAAGGCUGACAUUGACAUCUCUGGACCCAAGGUGGACAUUGAAGCCCCGGAUGUGAGCCUUGAAGGUCCAGAAGGGAAGCUGAAAGGCCCUAAGUUUAAGAUGCCCGAGAUGCACUUCAAGGCUCCCAAGCUCUCCAUGCCUGAUGUGAACUUGAAAGGACCAAAGUUAAAGGGUGAUGUCUCCGGUGUGGGACUGGAAGGACCAGACAUAGAUCUGCAAGGUCCAGAAUCGAAAAUCAAGUUCCCCAAGUUUUCAAUGCCCAAGAUCGGCGUCCCUGGUGUGAAAAUGGAAGGCGGAGGAGCUGAGGUCCAUGCCCAGCUGCCUUCUCUUGAAGGAGGCUUGAGUGCACCUGAUGUUACUCUUGAAGGAACUGAUGUGUCUCUGAAGGGGCCAAAAGUAGACUUGCCUUCAGUGAACCUCUCUAUGCCCAAAGUCUCUGGACCUGACCUUGACCUGAAUUUGAAAGGACCAAGUUUGAAGGGAGACCUGGAUGCCUCUGUUCCCAGCGUGAAGGUGCAUGCCCCAGGGCUUGACCUCAGAGGUGUCGGUGGAAAGGUGAGGAUGGAAGGAGAUGGUGUGAAAAUGCCGGGGAUUGAUGCCACAGCGCUAAACCUUGGCCUUGGCGCGCCAGACGUGACCCUGAAGGGACCAAGCCUGCAGGGAGACUUGGCUGUCUCUGGUGACAUCAAAUGCCCUAAGGUAUCAGUAGGUGCCCCUGAUCUCAGCUUGGAGGCACCUGAAAGUGGCAUUAAACUUCCCAAAAUGAAGCUGCCCCAGUUUGGCAUCUCCACACCAGGGUCCGACUUGGACAUCAGUGUCAAGGGGCCACAAGUGACCGGAGAACUAAAGGGGCCAGGUGUGGAUGUGAACCUCGGAGGCCUGAACCUGAAAGGGCCUCAGAUCUCUGGCCCUCAAAUCUCAGCACCAGACAUGGCCUUGAACUUGGAAGGACCAAAAAUAAAAGGGAGCCUCGGGGCCACUGGUGAGGUGAAAGGCCCCGCUGUUGGAGGAGGUCUUCCGGGCAUCAGCGUGCAGGGCCUCGAAGGAAACCUCCAGAUGCCUGGGGUUAAGGCCUCUGGAUGUGAUGUGGAGCUGUCCGGUGUGAAUGUGAAACUCCCAACGGGGCACAUUUCUGGUCCUGAAAUCAAAGGCGAUCUGAAAGGUUCGGGAAUAGGUUUCCAGGGUGCUGUUCCUGACAUUAGCGUGAAGGGGCCUUCAUUUAAUAUGGCAUCUCCUGAGGCAGAUUUCGGUGUCAGCUUGAAGGGCCCGAAAAUCAAAGGAGGUGUGGAUGUACCAGGGGCUGUCAGCGCCCCGGCUGUCAGUCUGGGUGAAGGGCAUAUGAGCGUCAAAGGUUCUGGGGGUGAGUGGAAAGGACCCCAGGCCUCCUCCGCUCUCAACGUGGAUGUGCCUAAGCUUGCCGGGGGACUUCAUUUCUCAGGACCAAAGGUAGAAGGACUCCAGGGUCCUGGGCUGAGUGCGUCUGGGUCUCCAGGCCACUUGGAAAGCAGAUCUGGAAAAGUAACAUUCCCCAAAAUGAAGAUCCCCAAAUUCACCUUCUCUGGCCGGGAGCUGGUUGGCAGAGAAGUGGGGGUGGAUAUUAACUUCCCGAAAGUGGAGGCCACUGUCCAGGCUGGUGCCGGAGAGGGCGAGUGGGAAGAGUCCGAUGUAAAACUUAAAAAGUCCAAAAUCAAAAUGCCCAAGUUCAAUUUUUCCAAACCUAAAGGGAAAGGUGGUGUCACUGGCUCACCGGAAGCAUCCAUUUCAGGGUCCAAAGGCGACCUGAAGAGCUCCAAGGCCAGCCUCGGUUCUCUGGAAGGAGAAGCAGAGGCUGAAACAUCGUCACCCAAAGGCAAAUUCUCUUUGUUUAAAAGCAAGAAGCCGCGGCACCGCUCAAAUUCCUUCAGUGACGAAAGGGAGCUGUCUGCGCCUUCCACCCCGACGGGGACUUUGGAGUUUGAAGGUGGGGAAGUGUCACUGGAAGGCGGGAAAGUCAAAGGGAAACCCGGAAAGCUGAAAUUUGGUACCUUCGGUGGAUUGGGGUCAAAGAGCAAAGGCCAUUAUGAGGUGACUGGGAGCGAUGACGAGGCAGGCAAGUUACAGGGCAGUGGCGUGUCCCUGGCCUCUAAGAAGUCCCGACUGUCCUCUUCUUCUAGCAAUGACAGCGGGACUAAGGUUGGCAUCCAGCUUCCCGAGGUGGAACUAGUCGUUUCCAAGAAGGAGUAGCAGGUCUCUGUGUGGGUGUACAUAUAUGUAUAAAAAUACAUCAGCCUUGGGUGUGUUUGUAUAUAAACUCCAAAGAGAAACACGCCGACAGACAGCCUCAGCAUAAUGCAAAGUUCUGGCCUCUGCCAGUAGCAAGCGCUGAAAAGCCAACCGCCCUUAAGCUCACGGCCGGCGCUUUACAGAUAGGUAAAGAGUUCCAAGUUCGUCCAGCCCAUGUGCAGAGUCAACAGUAUUUGCCUUAAGAUUUCAGGUUUUUUUUUUGUUUGUUUUUUUUUUUUUGCAUUGAACGCUGAGAGCUCCUGUUUACUAAGCAAGCUUCUGUGUUUAUUAUCCUCAUUUUUACUGAACAUUGUUAGCGUUGGGGCAAUGGAAACCCACUUUUUCAUUGUAAUGACUUUUGGGGCUUUUGUUAGUAAGGGUGGGGUGGGGUGGAAGGCAGUAGGGAGGGUCAGACCUCCAUUUCUCCUAAGAUUGGAUCUAUUCAAACAGCAAACACCCAGUGAGGGCCGAGAGGAGCUGGCGGGCAGGGCAGGGCAGGGCGUGUGGGUGUUUCUCGAUCUCUGUAGCAUCACUUCUCCCCCCCCACGCCCCCCCCCCCCCAUGGGUGGCGGUCCCAGCCAGUUUGGUGCUCAUGGUGAGAGGGAAUUACAAUCUGUUUGCAGAUUGGCCAACCCACCAGCUCCACGCGAGGGGCUUCCAUUCUGUGUAUCGUAGGAGAGAGGUUUAUCUUCAUGACCGCCACAUUCCUGAAACUAGUUCUGAUAUCUUUUAAUAAAAGUUACCGUGAUUAAGACAAUGUCCCGCACUUUAAUGGCAAAUUAAUGGAGAAUGUAAGGAAAUUGAUGCUGUCGAAGGCAAAUAAAGCUGUUCAUUAACCCUGA